AAUUGGAAUACUAGUAAGAGAAUUGGGAGACAUUAGACCAAAUAUUACCAAACUAUUAUAAAAAUUGAAGAAGGCUGUCAUAGUUCUGGCAAAUUCACAAAAUAGCCUAUGGUCCAGUCAUGGAAACUCCUGAACAUCAAGCCAAAUAUCAGAAGCUGGCUGCAGAAUACACAAAGGUGCGGGCGCAGAACCAGGUCCUCAAGAAAGCCAUCCUUGAGGAGCAGGAGAAAAACUCCAAGCAUGCGGAGGUGGUGCAGGCGCUGCGUCGGGCGGAGCAGGAGAACGACUCCCUGACCUUCCGCAACCAGCAGCUCUCCUGCAGACUUGCCCUCCUGCAGGACGACCUGCAGCUGCAGCAGGUGGGGCUGUGGGACCUGCAGCUGCAGCAGGGUAAAGGGAAGAGGCGGGGAGCUGUGGCCAAGGGAGCAGAAGCCGACAUUGCGUUACUCAUGCAAGAGUUACAGGCCAAAAUAUCCGAGAACGCCGCCCUCCACGCCCGGGUUCUCGAGCUGGAGGAUAUGGCAACACUGCCAGGGACCGUUGACAGUCUGGCAACACAUGAUAAUAUGUCAACAAAGUCACAAAAUUCAACAGAGCAAUCCUCUGUGUCAACAAAGUCAACAGCAACGUCAACAGAACUGGCAACUCUUCAACAGGAGAACCUGGGACUACAGGAGCGUCUGACACGCUGCCUUCAGGAGCUAGCCGCCCUCAGGAGACGUCACCAGGAUGAAAGGAUGGAAGGAGGAGCCUCUGCCCUCAACCUCUCACACGACAAGGCAGAGGACUCUGCGUCUACCUCCUCAUCUUCCUCCUACCUGUCCUUAGCUCCUGGCCACGAUGCCCUUAGUCCUAAGGGCUGUCCCACCGCCCUUGAUUUCAGAGAGAACAUCCUUGGGGCUUUUGAUUUAAAGGGCAACCCUCCGACAACCCUUGAUUUAAAGGGCAAUCCUCUGACAACCCUUGAUUUAAAGGCGACAACCCUUGAUUCAAAGGACAACCCUCUGACAACCCUUGAUUUAAAAGGCAACCCUCCGACAACCCUUGAUUUAAAGGGCAACCCUCCAACAACCCUUGAUUUAAAGGGCAACCCUCCAACAACCCUUGAUUUAAAAGCGACAACCCUUGAUUUAAAGGGCAAUCUCCCUGCUACAUUUGACUCCUUAGACGCAGCAACAGACCUUGAUUCUAAGGACACCUUAGCAAGCCUUAGUAAGGACUUCUGUGAGAAGUUCUCGGCCUUUAUCAAGGCGUUCUGUGAGGCUCAGCUCCACCAAGUCCUUGAUGACGACAUCAAGGCUAAGGAGAACAUCGCUAAGGCGCAGCAAGGGGCUGCGUACUGGGAGCGGCUGGGGCUGCUGCUGGGGGAGGUCUUCUGUCGUCUGGACCUGCCGCCCCACCUCCCCUCGACCCCCCUAGCAGGCACCAUGAGCAGCACGACGUCAGCCACGGUGGCAGGGCUACGGCUGCUGUCAGCUCUUCGUGCUGACGCUGACCUGCAGGCAGCGCUGCGUGCAGUGCAGUCAGCCUGGUCAGCCACUCUGCCCUACCUGUCAGCCAUGUCAGCCAACGCCAGCCGCUCACACAGCCAGCUCACCCUCACCCGCCUCCUGACACUCCUUGCUGACAGGUGCUCAUCGCUGGCCGUGGCCCUGGACGUCGCCCAGGGGCGGUGGGCGGCGCAGGAGGGCGGCGAGGGCGACGCGGGUGUCGCCCCCGCCAUCGCCCACCUCGUGGGCGCCACGCGUCGUCUCGUCGCCGCCCUCCGACGACGCGUCGACCAAAAUUCGCCGUCCCCGCGAACUGAACGAAUUUCUUCCCCAGGUUUGGGGAAUAAUUCCUCGCCCUACUCCCCUCCGUCCCCUUCAUCCCCCAGCAGCAGCAUUAAUAUGUCAUCGAACAGCACGCGCAGUGGCAACAGUGUUUCUAGCGGGAAUUUGUUGGAUGUUCAUAGCGGGAAUAUUGAAAUUACCCCCCAUGAUGACCCACAGCAGCAAAAUAGCGGGAAUUUCUCCAAUGAAAACCCUUUUAAUGAAUCGAAUUUCACCAAUAGUGGGAUUUCCUUUAGUAAUGGCAGACCUCAGUCUAGUGGGAAACCCUCUAAAGAUUUCCAAUCUAGCGGAAAAUCUUCAAAAGAUUCCCAAUCUAGUGAGAAAAAUUUCUCCAGUGAUGCUGUGGUUAGCGGGAAAACCUCGAUAGUCCCUCAAUCUAGCGGGAAUUCUCUCUCAAACAGCUACCUGCACCAACUUCACCAGCAGCGGGAACACUGGCGACUUGAAUAUCAUUUAUUAGCUCACAAACACGCUAAACUUGUCAGACUUUGCAAGACAACAAACGCAAAAAACACAGACACUAACGCAACAAACGUGGAUGUCAGCGCCUUGCUGGCGUCAGCCCCCGUAGUGGUCAACGAAACCUCCAUCGUGGCACGCGUCAGCAUAUCUGACGUCAAGGCGACCAAGGAUUCCAAUGCGAAGGAUUCCGAUAGUUCCCAAGAUUCCAAGUGCGGUGAUAAUUCCCAUUCCAAAGGCGCGAAAGACACAAUAAGUCCUGUAGACUCUAAGGACCCUAAGGAUUCCAAGGAUUCGAUAGAGCAGAAAGAUUCCAAGGACCUCAAUGGCUCCAAGGCCCCCAAGGACCCUAAGGCCCCCAAGGACCUCAAGGACACAAAGGACCCCAAGGACCUCAAUGGCUCCAAGGACCUCCAGGACCCCAAGGACCUCAAUGGCUCCAAGGACCCCAAGGACCUCAAGGACCCGAAAGACCCCAAGGACUCUAAGGACCCUAAGGCCCCCCUUAGUGCCCCCGAGGACUCAUGGCGGGAGGCCCUGAUCCGGGACCACCUGCUACGUCGGGUAGGGCAGCUCUACCAGGACCUGACGUCAGCUGUGAGCCGUGCCAGCCUCUACCAGGACGAGGCUGAGGCUGCCAGCACCCGCCUCACGCUGGCAGAGGCGCUGUCAGCCAGUCUGGCAGAGGAGCUCGAGGUAGGACGGCUGCCUGCACAUUAUAAUAUUUAA